AGAACUCGUCAGUUGUGUAGGUUGGACCACAGCAGACGAGUUGUACUCGUGCAGUGAGGAUCAUCAGAUCCUGAAGUGGAACCUGCUCACCAACGAGACCAGCCUGGUGGUCAGACUACCAGAGGACAUUUACCCCGUUGAUCUACACUGGUUCCCCAAAACUGUUGGUGGCAAGAAACAGAGCCAGGCUGAGAUUUUUGUCCUUACCAGCACAGACGGGAAGUUUCACCUGGUCUCCAAGAUGGGGCGCAUUGAAAAGAGUGUUGAGGCACACAAAGGUGCCGUUCUGGCUGGAAAAUGGAACUAUGAUGGAACUGCUCUUAUUACUGCCGGGGAAGAUGGACAGAUUAAAAUCUGGUCAAAAAGUGGGAUGCUGCGCUCAACAUUGGCCAGCCAGGGGUCUCCUGUAUAUUCUGUGGCCUGGAGUCCAGACUCAGACAGAAUACUUUACACAUCAGGACAGCAACUUAUUAUCAAGCCCCUGCAACCCAGUGCUAAAAUCAUACAGUGGAAGGCUCACGAUGGACUUGUUCUUAAGGUGGACUGGAACUCAGUCAACGACCUCAUCUUGUCAGGUGGAGAAGACUGUAAAUAUAAGGUAUGGGACAGCUUUGGACGUCUUCUUCACUCAUCGGCGUCUCAUGACUAUCCUGUCACCUCCUUGUCCUGGGCUCCAGAUGGGGAGGUGUUCGCCGUGGGCUCCUUCAACACCUUACGGCUGUGUGACAAGAUGGGGUGGUCCUAUGCGCUGGAGAAACCAAACACAGGCAGCGUGUUCAGCUUGGCCUGGUCGGCGGACGGCACCCAGCUGGCCGGGGCCUGCGGAAAUGGACAUGUCAUCUUUGCCCAUGUGGUGGAGCAGCACUGGGAGUGGAAGAACUUUGUCAUCACUCUUACCAAGAGAAGAACCAUGGAGGUGAGGAAUGUGUUGAAUGAUGCGGUUGACAUUUUGGAGUUUAGAGAUCGCGUCAUCAAAGCGUCUCUUGCAUUCGAUCACCUGGUGGUUGCCACUUCCCUCCAGUGUUACGUUUACAACUCAGGAAACUGGAAUACUCCUCUCAUCUUUGAUCUGAAGGAGGGAACGGUCAGCCUCAUCCUGCAAGCAGAGAAACUUUUUUUACUUGUGGACGGAUCAGGGUUGUAUACGUUCUCCUACGAGGGUCGAUUAAUAUCCUCCCCAAAGUUUCCCGGAAUGAGGGCCGACAUCCUAAACUCUCAGGGCAUCUCUCUCAGUAACGACACGCUCGCCAUCCGAGACAAGAGCGAUGAAAAAGUCAUCCUCUUCUUUGACGUCUUGACUGGAAAAGCUCUCCGUGAAGGGAAGCCCUUCACACACAAGAUGGAGGUUUUGGAGAUAGCUUUGGAUCAGUGUGGCCCGUCCAGUGACAGAAAAAUUGCUCUGACAGACAAGAACCGUGACCUUCACUUGACCUCUGUGCGUCAUCUGGGGCGAGAACCCAAAGUCUGCAAAAUUGGCAGCAUGGUUCACAGUAUGGCGUGGAAUGAUUCUGCAAACAUCUUAUGUGGGCUCCAGGAUAACCAGUUCACAGUGUGGUACCACCCGAGUGUUGUCUUCACCGACAAAGAGCUGCUAUCAAAAGCACUACUCAUCAAGGACAACAGUGAGUUCAGCCGUGCCCCCCACAUACUGAACUACGUCGGCACUAAAGUGACGUUACGCCGAGGAGACGGUUCGCUGGUGUACAGCAGUGUACCUCCGUACGCCGCCAUCCUGCACGAGUACAGCACAUCAGCACGCUGGGAGGACGCACUGCGCCUUUGUCGCUUCGCUAAAGAUCAGUCAUUAUGGGCGUGUCUGGCUGGUAUGGCAAUGGCAAACAGGGAGCUGACCACGGCAGAAAUGGCCUAUGCUGCCAUUGGAGAGUUACCACGAGUGCAGUACAUCAACUUUAUUAGGGAGCAGCCGUCUAAGGAGUCAUCUUUGGCCCACAUGCUGAUGUUCAGUGGUCAGGUCCAGGAAGCUGAGUCAACACUCCUCCAAGCUGGUCUCAUCUAUCAGGCCAUUCAAAUGAACAUUGACCUUUUCAACUGGGAGAGGGCUCUGGAGGUGGCAGUCAAACACAAGACCCAUGUGGACACUGUCCUGGCCUAUAGGGAGAAGUUUCUGGAGAAAUCUGGCAGAAAGGAGACCAAUAAGAGGUUCCUGCAGUACUCUGAAGGGGUUGAAGUGGAUUGGGAAAAGAUCCAGUCGAAGAUAGAGAUGGAGCUGUCUAAAGAACGAGAGAAAGCUGCCAGCGUCUCUGUGAGAAGCAGCGUGGCGUCACGCCGCUAAUUUUCAGGAUUCUCUUUUUUUUGUUGUUGCGGUUUUUCCUGCGUACCUUCACUGCAACUCAAAGUCUUCACCUGAAGCAGAAGUGUAAACACAGUCUGAAAACUAAGGUGAUGAGAUGAAGAUGACUAGGAGCAGGACUCUAUUCCUCUUUUUGUGCUGCGACACGUAACAUUCUUCAUGGCAGGGUGGAUGAUAACGAGCCGGAUGAGAACAACAAGCUUGACUUUUCUUUAUUUUAACCAAGCUGUUUUUCCCGAGUCAUUGCAGACAGGAGAGUCUGCUUGCGAGACCACAAAGGUCCAGACUUCUGUGAAAUGAGCCGAUCCUCGUCGGGAUCAUUCAUAGCCAGCAGGCGUUCAUGUUGAGGACAACUGCUGCUUCCUCCCUGCACCCUUUAUUUACAAGUUGCUUUCCACUGUUUGGCCAAUAUAUAGGAUUUAUUCCCAGGAAUAUGUCUGUGACUAGCUUGUCUUCCAGAAUGUGCUGUAAACAAGAAGCAACAGUUUCCACUGAGUGGUUUUGCAUCC